AGACUGUAAUUACAUACUAUGUGAUUCAGUGAUCGUAUGAAUGAAUAAAUUCGCGCUACAAUUAGAUACAGGUCCACCAACCAUACCUGCAAAACAAUAAUAGAAAUUAUUAAAUGGCUUUGAAAUAUCCAGAGCAUCUUAUUUGUUUGUGAAAAAGGCAAAAUAUGAUAAUUAGAAUUAAUUUGAAACUAAAAUAAAAACAAUAUUAACUAAAUUUUAUUUUUACCCAACGAUUCGCAACGGGUCUCGUGACCAGACACAGAAUUAAUAGCGACCGCUCUGUUUGUUUUAAGAGUUUGGUUGUAUGUUUCAUUCAACUACAAAAGCUCCAAGGUUUCAUUUUGAGCAACAUUUGGAAUAAUAGUUUUGGAUGAUAUAUAUGGAGGAUUAUGUUGUUAAGUUGAUCGUGUUUAGCGUGGCGGCAUGGUCCGCUUUGUUUCUCGCGAUCAGGAGAAUCGUGUUUCCGAAGCGUUCUUUCGAUUUCUGCAACCGCCUUGUUUCCACGGCGCACGCUUUCUUGGCCGUAGCUUUGGCGUCUCUUUCAAUUCAAGAUUGGAGCUGCCCAGUUUGUCCUUUGGCUUCUAAAUCUUCUCCUAACCAGAUGCAAACACUUGCUGUAAGUGUGGGAUAUUUGAUAUAUGAUUUGGUGUGCUGCCAAUUUGACAAGCAAGUGAAGCUUGAUAACGCUGUUCAUCAUCUAGUCAGCAUUAUUGGGGGUAUCGCUGGACUUGUUUAUCAAAGGUGUGGAUCGGAAAUGGUGGCAGCGGUGUGCAUCACAGAAAUAUCGAGCCCAUUCCUCCACUCAAGGGAGCUUCUUAAAGAGCUUGGAUACAGGGGCACCGAUCUUAAUUUGGCUGCCGACAUAGCUUUCGCUGUCAUCUUCACAUUUGCAAGAAUAUUGAUAGGCGGGCCAUAUCUUACUUAUGUUACUCUGUCUGCUGAUAAUCCAUAUCUGAUUAAGGCAAUGGCUUUGGGGCUACAACUGGUGAGUGCAUUCUGGUUCUACAAGAUUGCGAGGAUGGUCAUUUACAAAUUAAGGACAAGGUCCUCAUCCUUCAAAACACAAUAAUAUACUAUCUAUUUUCAAUAUCUUCAAAUCAUGGACAGGAAUUAAUCCAAGAUCCGUUAUGUUAUGUCAUUUAAACUACUGCAAUAUUAUUAAUUAGUUACAUUCAUUCUUUUU